CGGAUCUGUCGAGAGCUUACUAAUUGUUUCUCGGUUGUAAGUUUACUGUCAUUACAUUUCACCUAUUCAUGCGUACGAUCGUUUCAACUAUAAACAUAUUCUACCCAUAGACAGUAAGCGAGGAUUACAGUUGAGAAGAGCUACUAAACUGAAGUCAGACGCCGUGAAAAUCUCGCAUCGUAUACUAAGUGAGGCCUAGCGGAACGAGAUGGGAUCAUGGCUGGGACACACAGCUCCCGGAACAUUUUUUAUAACCGGUGCCAUAUGGUGGAUGAUACAGUUGUCGUAUCAUAAAUAUCGGGAUAAUCAUCAGGCACAGUGCCGUCUUAUUCGAUAUUUGAGCCAAAAACCAGUCGAAGGGAUCAGUAUUGUUGUUGUCGCACUGGUUGGAGUUUUUGGCGAAAAUAUGCACCCUGCUCCGAAGUGGAGAUUGUUCGACGCGGUAACCGGUGACUUUGUCCAUAUGAACGUUUGGCAACAUUGUACAAUGUAUGUGUACUUCGGUUUGUACGGGAUGAUUAAAAUAAUCGGACAAGCGUACGUACCGAAAUUAUUGAAGUAUUCAACUGUCUUUCUUUCAUUAGCAUUUGGAAUUGAGGGCUUGCUUUUUUACUAUCAUGUUCAUGGUCAUGAUGAUCUAGACAUCCAUAUUCAUAUGUUGCUUGUUCUGGCUGCAUUUGGUUGUUGUAUUUUGGCUUUCCUGGAGUUUCGUUUCCCAGACGAACCAAUUUAUCGUCUGACUAGGAUAUUAUUUACUAUGGUGCAGGGAACGUGGUUUUGGAUGAUAGGUACUGUGUUAUAUCAGCCUCCGUCUGGCAAGAAAUGGUCACCGGAUGACCAUGAAAACUUAAUGUUUCUUACUACUGCUUUUACUUGGCAUGUUCUUGUUAGUAUGGGCGUGUUGACAAUUAUUUACCACAUCGUUCGCAAAUGUAUGAUAUGUAUGGGUCACCAACAAAAAAGCGGUAUGCCUAUUCAAUACCAAGAACUCGCAAACUCGUCUAACCAACGUGGAGUUGAACACAUUGGGCUUUUGGAAACGGCUGAGCUUGGUUCGGAUUUGGAGUGACAAAUCUGGAUAUUAUUAUUAUUAUUAUUAUUAUUUUUUUUUUUUUUUAGGCUGAAUUAAAAUAAGAGACACAUUGCGUCCGUUUUCAUUAUCUGAGGGUGUAGGCCUAAUAUCUAAUAUCGCUUUUGCCAACAGUAAAUGCCAUAAUGCUUUCGAAUACUUCCAGAAAAUAUGCAGAACUCUGCAGUUUUAUAUCUUCGUAUAUGCCUAACAGAUUUAGGCCUACAGUUCAGUUAAAAGUCUUGUCACGAUGUUAUCACUGUAUACAAUAUGCGUUCUGUAGUUUAAUUACACUAUUAUAAUAAGCAUAUCAAUGAUGCUGGUGUCCACCGUUGAGUAUUGUUGAAAUUGAGAGUAUACAACACAAACACUAUUUGUAUGUAUUUUAUUAGGCAUAUUCCACUCAAAACAUGCAAUAGGCAUGUCUUAAAACUUGGCUUGAUACCACAUAGGCUUAUAAAUAUAUAUAUAUAUAUAUAAAUAUAUAUAUAAUUUUUGAAUGAUAUAAUUUAUAAAACAAAUGAAAAUCAUAUUUUGUAAUUCUGAAUGAAUUGGUUGAUAACAAAGCAUCGAAUUAAAUUGACAUGUUUCAUGUUGCUAUUUUUGUUACGCUAUAUUAUAUUUUAUUUGUGUCAUCUAAUUAAAGAGUAACAUAUUUAGUUUAA